CACUAUGCCGGAUUGCAUACAACGGAAGAAGGAAGUCGAGCGUUUCGAGGAGCGCUCUAGUUCAUCUGCACUGCGGCUCCAGGAACAGGCAGCCGAUGUUACUUGUCGAUUUCGUGUUGACCUCUCCAAACGGUGAGCUAUUACUGGCCCUUAGUACACGAGCAUUUGAAGCCGAGUGAAGUCCACUAAGGUCCGGAUGGCCUUCCAGUUUGCCAGAAUGACGCCGAUUUCUUGCAUUGCCUUGGUGAUCAUUAGUUCAGCUGUGUGUGCAGAGGCACGCGGCCAGUCGACGACACCAGGCCCCCUGCGCCACACGUCAACCCCUACCAGCGCAGGAACGGGCAAUACCACAAGGACACCGGAGCAAGAGACAAGCGCAACGGGGGCAGGAGAUACCUCACCGAAGACCACCUGUCUUGGUGAUUGGCUUCGACUGUCCGGUGCCACUGACCGGCAAGUGCAGCACAUCCCCUCCAGCGGCCAGGCAGUUCUUGGGGCUUUGGACGAGACCAGGAUCAGGUCUUCCGACACCUUCUUCCUCAGUCUUCUCCUGGGAUUCGACACUACGUUGGCAGAUGACUUAAAAAAGUGUGUGGAGAGAAAGUCGACUUGCCCAACAAUAGAUGUACGUCUACCAUGCGGAAAUACCGGAAGGUGCGUGUUUGACCCAGAUACCCGCUCAACUGUGUGCAACUGUUCUCGAGGCCUCGUAGGAUCUCGUUGCGAACACGAUGUGGAUGAGUGUCUGCAGGAUGGGCUGAAUGACUGCGACACCAGCGCAGCUGCCAUCUGUGCGAAUACUCAUGGAUCUUACGCAUGUGAAUGUCGUCAAGGUUUUGAUGGUAAUGGCCGAGACUGCCAAGAUAUCAACGAGUGUGAAUCAAAUGCGCACGACUGUCAUCGCCACGCUCACUGCAACAACACCGUGGGAUCCUACAGUUGUGCAUGCAAGACUGGAUAUCUGGAUACUCCUGAUGGCCAAUGUGAAGUUGAUCUCUGCACAACAUCCGAAAACGCUGCACUGUGUCGUAAAAUUCAGCAAGUUACCCGAUACAACAAGGCUUUGGAGGGAAAGUUAGCAAAACGAGACAAGCAGAUAAGCAGUAUUCUUUUCGACGUCAAGGUGAUGUCCACAAUCUUCGCGCAAUACCAUCGGGAGUUUGGAGAUAUGAGAGCUGGGUUAGAGACGACACGCGCUGAAUUGGCCGCAGCAAAAAGGGAACUCCAUUCGACCAAGUCAGAUAUUGCCAAACAACUCGACGAGCACAAAUCCAUGGAGGCUGGUCUGGUUUCCUGGAAAUCCUUCACCAAGACAACUCAUGGAUCGGGUGGAUACACAUUCGAUGUCAGAUUCAACAAAACACGCACCGACACCGUGUUACGAGUGGUGUACACUUCGGUGUUCGGAGUCCAGUAUUCAUCCUCUGGACCCUGGUAUUGCUUCACAAUAUCCGUACGGAUUAACGGCAAUGAUUGUUCCGAUCCUGGCCCAAUCCGCAGUGGAGCUAGUCUCAGGACAUAUUCUGGUUCGUUUGUCUACACUGCGCUUCCGGGCUCAGUUAGCGGCACAUGCGCCAAUCAAGCGUCUGGUAUACUGCGAAUCACCACACAUCUGGAAAGGCAUUGUCAUUCGUAUAGUGCAACCUUUCACAAUGUUGGAUACUAUGCUGGUGGCGCUACCCACGCUCUCACCGCCUCACUUUACAUUGAGGAGUUAGCCUCGGGAUCAAAGAACAGACACUAAACAUGGUCAUAACAUCUUUUUCAAUUGUUGACCUGAUUUGCACAGCGACCAUGGUUAGCAUUUACCAUACCCAUGAAAGAUCGAUAGACGUAGUGGCCUAUGACACAUUAGUUGCACAUAAUUAUGGCAUCUAUUUUUUUCUUUAUCGUCGUUUCUUUUCCUGACUUCUUCAGUUAGUUUUUAGUCUCACGAGUGUCCCUACCCUCCCACCCUUCAUUUCUGUGUAUCUUUUUAUUGUUCUUUUACUCAAUCUGUGUUAUUGUUUUUUUUAAAUAAUUUGUUUCUGUGAUGUGCUUGCCAUGCCUACAUGAUGCCAAAUCACCAUUGAUGAUACUAGUACACCCGUUUUUCCCCUCACUACUGCGUCCGUCGGCGCGAGGGUUUUUUCCGGCUGGCUCGGUCCAGGAAUAUUAAUCUGACGGUCCCAAGCGGUUUUGCAUCAUGGCCUCUUUCUGCUAUCCGCUUGCAUGCCUAUUCCGUUUGAGACACUCUGUUCUCAGUUCUUGCUUCCAUAAAUCAAAAAUAAAUUUCACGUUUCA